CAAUAAAUGAAUAAAGCAAAGUUGGCAUUUGCUUUCUUGUCUUGUGGCCUUGGAAACAAUCGUUCUCACAUUGGAACGAACUUCUGUUAAUUUUGUUUGGACCGGAGUAUACGUCCAAAUACUUAGGAGUUCUUGCAUUGCUUUUCUGGCAGAUACAAAAGUCCUAACUUGCUAGAAUUUGGUUAAAGCAAGUACUUCAUGGCACUGGCACGGAUUGCUAGGAGUGGCUUGAGAAGAUCAGGAGGUGCCAUUGGCAGUUCCAUAAGUGAGAGGGAUAUCUUCUGUGAGAGAGUAUCCAACCACAAAAGUUUCCUUCCUUCCCUUGAAAAAAUCAAUUCGAACAGUAAUUUGACAUACCUUUCCGCAAUCAAGCGGGUAAAUGACAUGAGCUUUGGGAGCAGGGAAAUAAGUACAACCCCACAUUAUCGAAUUCCUUCAGCAGAGCGGUUAGUGGAGUCAGAGUCAGAAUAUGAUGAACCAAGGUAUCCAGGAUUAGAGGCCACCAAGCCAGGUGAAAAGCCUAGAGUGGUUGUCCUUGGUACUGGAUGGGCAGCCUGUCGAUUUCUCAAGGGGCUUGACACUAGAAUUUAUGAUGUUGUUUGCAUAUCACCUCGAAACCACAUGGUCUUCACCCCUUUGCUUGCUUCAACUUGUGUUGGAACCCUCGAAUUCCGCUCAGUUGCCGAGCCCGGGACAAACAUCCAUACUGUCGCCGAAACACCGGAGCCCCGCCGUUUUGGGUUGGAUGAAGAGCUUCGCACUGUAUAA